UUGCCUUGAAAAAUAUUAUUGUCUACUUCGCGUUUGCUCGUCGCCCUGGGUCUCGAGAGUCUUUGCAGAAAUAAUUGAUACAUGGUAAGAUCUGCAAACUACAUUUCCGUUGUGCAAUGCGGAAUGUUCGUGUGAUUGAUAGAAAGUAGAGAUUCUGAAACAUUCUUGUGGAAAGCGAGCAUCGUGCCGCUGGCUAGCCGCGAUGUCGAAGAAGAACAAGUUGAACAAACUGAAUUUGACUAUAACCCCUUCUACUCCGUCUCCUGAUCCACUGCAGCCCGAACCUAAUGAUGCCGCUGGGAUCGGCUUGCAGAAAAUGGAGGAGAUACGAAAGAAAUUCGAUGAACUUGAACUGGAUUCGUUACAGCGCGAAAGACUAGAGGCGUUUCUAGCCGAAAAGAGGAAAAUUGGCGAGUUAAACGCAGAAGAUUUUGAUAAAUUGGCCGAGCUAGGCGCUGGAAAUGGUGGCGUUGUUACGAAGGUUUUGCACAAGCCCAGUGGAUUGAUAAUGGCUCGAAAGCUAAUUCACUUGGAAAUCAAGCCUUCUAUUCGGAACCAGAUCAUUAGAGAGUUGAAAGUUUUACAUGAUUGCAACUCCCCUUACAUCGUUGGAUUUUACGGCGCCUUUUACAGCGACGGAGAAAUCUCUAUUUGUAUGGAACACAUGGUAGGGUGAAUGUUUCGUGUAUUGGCAAAUGUAAUGAAUGUAUUGUAUUCUUCCCCAUAGGAAAACAUUAGGCAGCCAUGCAUGAUGAAGCAUUUAUUCGUGUAGUAGAAAAUGUGUGAAGGCAAUACUCUCUCUCGCAAAAUGAGAACUGAAGUAUAAAUUAUUUACUGGUUGUAUGGCCCACGUCGAACGCAAGCGAUUUUGCAAGUAAGCUCGAGACAGUUUUUCGGGUUGCAAAUAUAAACUGAAAACUGUGAUCGUCCCGCACAAAAUUCGGGAAUGGGUAGAAUUUUUUGCGAUGAAACUUUUGUCCGUAGGUAUGAAUACGAUAUUUUAAAAUAUGUACGUGACGGUUUUCAUGUUGAACCGUUUACUUUUGGUCUCGAGAUCUGUCAGUUCAAAAUUAAAGGUACUUCAAUUUACUGUGGCGGGGGCCGCUUUUUGUUGUGGUGCGCCGUGUUCUCAGCUUCUGCAAAAUGCUAAUUUGAUGCGUUCAGUUGUCACCUCUAUCCUCGUUGAGAAUGUAGCCGAUCGUUUGUAUCUUGAUUAUUUCACGAGCCAAAACCCGGUUGGAUAAUGAGCAUUUAAUUUCUAAAUUCGGUUGUUCUUCAAUGUAGUAAAAUCGUGUUUUGCUUUUAGUGAAACAGUGCUCUUGCAAACACGAUUAUAUCUUUAUUGAUUUAAUUAUUAGCUAGGCUUGGUUUUGCUGAACUUUUUUUUCCCCUUAAGUCUGGAGAAAGGUUCUUUGCAAUUUCCGGGUUUUUCGUUGCAUACAAACUUUGGUGGACAUCUUGCAAGUUCACCAGGUUUGUUUCCUUUUUUUUUGCACGGGUUUGGUUUGCAUGUAGCGUUCUAUUCUCCACACCUGCAAAACUUAAUGAUUUGCAUACUAAAAUAAAUUAAUGUUUUGUCUGUCUUACAAGAAUUGCACACCUUUCUGAUCCUCAAAGUGUUCCGAUUACAGUACAAAAUUACGUACUUGUUCUGUAAACUUCAAAAUUUUUAGCUGUAGUUAUGGGCAAUUGUAUCAUCCUGUUGUACAAUGUGUACAGCAUUUUUCCUCAAAGAUAUUCAUGAAAGAGCUCUUUGCUGCAUGUAACUUGUCAGUUUGCCAAAAUGCAAAAAAGUUGAUCUGGUCUGCCUUCAAGCUACAAACAUGCAUUGCCUUGUUUGUUUGUUUGUAUUAUGCCAGGUUAUACCAUUGUGUCUGUAAUUCAAGUUAUUUCUGUACAGUACCCCGGGAGAGUAGGUGUUUUCACAGGUGUUAAGAGAAAAACAUUUAAAAUUAUGUCGUGUUAGAACACUUCUCAUACAAUGAGAAAGGCUAGGUGGAAACCGCAAUCCAAUUUCUUAAGUAUUUACUUGCAUUAUUUUAAUUCAGAUGAAAGAUAUUAAAUCCCUUCAUCUUAACACAGGUAAUUUUUAUGAUAUACAUAAUUUUUGUUGAUGAUUUUCAUUUCCUGUAUUUUUAAACCACAAACUAUUUCUUCUACAUAUAUGUAUUUGUCUAUUUUUAUAACUGAUGGAUAUUCCAAGAUCUGGAUUAUUUUGUUGGUUUGAAUGCAUUGAAUAAAUACAGGAAUCCUGUAUUUUGAUUUCCACUAUUAGUUAUUUGUGCUUUUGCUAAUAAAUGGAAAGCAUCUUCAAUGUUACUACAGGAAGGCAAGUGUCGGAAGUUUGAGAAAAUAUAGCAUUUUGGGAACACCUAGCCUGAGAACACAGACGUAUUUCUGGCUGUCGCUCGUCUCCAUUGAAAAUAACGUUUGCAAACCCGAGCCAGGAAAUGAUUUCUGUGACGUAAUGAUUUUUGUUUCUCCUUGGCCAAUCAGAUUCCAUGAUAGAAUGAAACUCGAGUGCUCCUCACAGCAAAUACCUUGCACGGUAGUUCUGGGGCUUCUCGAGUUAAACUGUGAUUGGCUUGAAAUUCCUACUUCACAGAAAUCGUUUUCUGGCUCGGGUUCGCAGACGUUAUUUUUGGGGGAGACAAGCGACAGCUGGAAAUACGUCUGUGUUCACAGGCUAGGGAACACCAGCCAUGCAAUUGUUCAUCACAGCUGUUUGGAAUUCUCCCAGCCUGUCACAAAUGCUUUUUGAACUCAAUGGAAAUCUGUGGUCUUAGUCUGAUUUAGUUUUAGUUUUAUUCAGCUCUGUUCCUGCUAACAGCUUAACAGUCAUAAGUUAUUAUAAGCUUUAACAUAAUGCUAUCACAUGCAUCAGUUACUUUUUCUCGGUGGGAAUUCUUAUGAACAUAAUCUUAAGCGUUCUAAUGAUCAGCGUAAUCAUAAUUCAAGUGAGCUAUCAUGUUCCUAUUAACAUUUCUAUGGCAGUGUUUUUCUUACAAGGAAAACAGAAUUAUUAUCAACAUCAUUAUAAUGCAAAAGUCAAUUGACAUCAAGCAUUAAUGGUACAUUUUCUGUCUGAUAAUGGUGAGCAGAAACUAUGUUGGUCAGCAUGUGAUAACCUUAAAGAUCUAAGUAGUUAAACUGGGUUGUUUAAUUGGCUGUCGGGGGAGAAAGAUAUAUUUUAUAUGGCAACUCAAAUUAUGGUUGUUAUUUUACUGAUGCGUGAAACUUUUGCUUGCAGAAUUUUGCUUGUGACAGGUCAGAAUACAGUU